AUGCGUGAACCCCUCGAAUUUCAGUCGGCCGUUGCUUCCGCAACGAAGACGAUCGCCUACUCUCAGGGCUGUGUGGGCUUGCACCCGGACACGAGCGGUGACGGUACGAGACGCCGCCUCUCGUAUGCUGGGUCUGGGCAUGACCACGGCCACAGCCACGGCAGCGGCACCGACGGCGGCCACGGCCACAGCCACGGCUGCGCCUCUGUGGAAGGAGACUACAUGCUGGGAUUGCACAUUGCUGCGAUCUUCAUCAUUCUCGCUGCAUCGGUUGUGGGCACGCUGAUCCCGAUCGUGGGCAAGCGUGUGCCUGCGCUGCGUCUCCACUCGUAUGUGUACGCUGUGGGCAAGGCCGCUGCGACGGGUGUGGUGCUUGCUGUUGCGAUGAUUCACAUGAUCAACCACGCUUCUGAUGUGUUUGGGUCUGACUGCAUCCCUGAGAGCUUCGGCGAGAUGUAUGAGGGCUGGGCGUUUCUGUUCGCGAUGAUUGCCGCUAUCGUGAUGCACGCGAUUGACGGGACGGUCGGGUGGAUUGCGGAGCGGUGGACCGCGCGCGCCGCUGGUAAGGUGCCGCCUACGGAUCCGUGCCACGACUCGCUGUGCAACGAGUGCUCUGUGGUGCCCAAGAGCGAGCUUGCGGAGAGGCCCAACGAGGGUGCACUGAAGGGCAUGUACGGCACUGCGGAGGACGGACGGGACGGUGUCUCUGUGCUUCAGAUGGACACCGAGGGGCGUGUGGGACACCAGCACAGCGUAGCUGUGCCGGAGGACAUGCCGCCGCUGCAGCGCAUUGUGGCAGCGCUGUGCAUGGAGUUCGGCGUGACGCUGCACAGCGUGUUUGUGGGACUUGCGCUUGCUGUGUCCAACGGCGCGGACCUGCGCGCGCUGAUCAUUGCGCUUGUGUUCCACCAGCUGUUCGAGGGCCUUGCGAUGGGCGCGCGUCUUGCGGACGCGUCGUUCAAGAUAUCACUGGAGCUUGCGCUGAUGCUUGUGUUCUCGUUCUCUGCGCCGAUCGGGAUUGCGGCAGGCACCGGCGCUGUGAUGGCGUCGCGCGACGCGCUGUCGGGGACGACGUACGCGUUGGUGAGCGCGAUCCUGGACUCGAUCUGCGGCGGGAUCAUGCUGUACAUUGCCUUCAAUCUGCUGUUCGUGGACUUCUCGCACGAUCUGCACGUGCACCGCGGCGUGGCCAAGCGGAUCGGGAUGUACGCCGGGCUGUGGGUCGGUGCGGCCGUGAUGGCGAUCAUCGGGAAGUGGCUGUAA